ACAUCUCUCACCCCCAAAACCUCACGACAACAUGCUGGCACUGGAAACAUUGAGCUCGGAGCUGGUGGUCCUUGUCGUUGGUCUGAGUGUCCUCCAUGUAGCAGCGUUGGUGUUCUGGGCCACACGGGCAUUCAACGAAGGCAACAACAAGAAAGCCAUCGACGCUAAGAAACGACACUAGGAACAUGGAAUUGGAUCCCCCGUUAGGAUCCUGUGCAGUAAAGCAAUCCAGCAAAACCCAUAUUGGUCUUAUUAGCAGCUCCGCUU